UCCCAAACUUUUAAAUCUCUUUUUUUCAGCCUUCUUCAAGUCAAUUCAAUUCAGGUUCAUUCUUCUUGGAUUUCACUAAAAAUUCCUGCAAAUUCAAUCUCACAUACCGAUAGAAAAUCAUUUUGGAAAUUUCAAAGCACCAAUAGAUGUCUAGUCAAUCCAGCAGUAGUAGUGAGAAUUCCUUUGAUGCUGAGGAGCUUUUCCAAUUUAGGACUCGAUGUAAAGAGUUGAGGGAAGAAAAGGAUAAGUUGAAGGAUUCACAAUCUCAGAGCUUUGAACUGAUUAGAAGACUGGAACUUCACGUGAAGACGCUGUCUGAGGCCCAAACAGAAGACAAGAAACGCAUAGAGCAGUUAGAAAGAGAGCUCAACAAUUCUUCCCAAGAAAUAGAUUAUCUGCAGGAUCAACUAAAUGCAAGAAACACACAAGCAGUCUGUCUCGACGAGCAGGUUUGCAGUCUUCAGUUGAAACUUGCAAACAUGGAAAUUCUAGAGGAGGAGGUCAUAAGGUUAAGGGAGGAGUUGAGAAAUUCCAACUUCGAGCACUCCUUCUUGAUGCAGGAAUUGGAGAAUAAAGAGGUGGAGCUACAAAAAGCGAUCCUGUGUAUAGAUAGAUUGGAGGAGUCAAUUUCAUCUGCUGGACUAGAUUAUCAAUGCGAAAUAGAGAGCAUGAAGCUCGAUUUAUUAGCCUUGGAGCAGAAAUUUUUCCAAGCUAAGAAAUUACAAGAAGAAACAGCCCUAGAGAAUGCUCGGAUGAAUAAUUUGAUUCAAGACCUUAGGCAUCAACUCCAAGAUGAAAAGAAGACCAUUCAGUGCUUAGGAAAGGAAAAUAAAGAUCUAACUUUAAUGUUCCAAAAAUCCAAAAUGGACACAAAAGUGUUUUGCCAAAAGGUGGAAGAACAAUUUCAAGGGUCUCCAGUGGACAAGGACCUGUCCUUGAGUGAAUUAGGAGAAUAUAUUAGAACUUGUGGAGAAAUUUUGGGACCACUCCCUUCGAAACUUGUAGUCUUAGGAGAUUCAGAUGCAGAACUGAGGGAAAAGAUGUACAAAAUGUCACAUCAAGUGCAUCAAUAUGAACUUCUUGUAGAACGGCUUAAGGAAGAAUUAAAAGAGGAAAAGCUAAAAGCAAAAGAAGAAGCCGAGGACUUGGCACAGGAAAUGGCUGAAUUAAGGUAUCAAAUAACAGGAUUACUCGAGGAUGAGUGCAAAAGACGCGCAUGUGUUGAACAAAUAUCAUUGCGAAGAAUAGCUGAGUUGGAGGCUGAGCUUGAAAAAGAAAGGUCCAAAGGCCUUGAUGAUGAUGAGCACAAGAAGUCUAUCACUGUUUUUAGGCAUAUGAGUGCAGCAUGAUAGACAUAACUACCGUGUCCAGUGGGUUUGAGAUUUUGAUGCAUGGGACGGCAUUUGGAACCAUUCAUCCUUACAAGCUUCAAAAUAUUGUUUGAUUUGUAGUCGGCUUCAAGUGAUAAAGCACCAGCGAGAAAUCUUUGGGUUUUCAUUUUCCUACCGCUGUUGUUUCUCUAUGGCUUGAAGCUGUCUUUAUUUAACAUAACAGAUUCUUGGUGCUACACGCUCUGAAGAACAUGCAAGGUGUAUCAGAGUUCUCUAUAUGCUGGAUGAUGCUUUUGCUAGCUUCUUGUCUGGUUCUGUGAAGGCUUUUCCAGGUUGUGGUGAUGCGAUUAAUCUUUUGCAAAUUCCAGUUCCUGGUUCUCUCUCUCUCUCUCUCUCUCUCUUUUCCAUAAAUUGCUGCUGAAAAGAACAAAUAAUGCAGCAUUUUACCAGUUGUGAGAUAGAGGAGUGAACAAUCUUUUAAGUUAUAAUCUACAAAUGUAAAUUAUGUAUGUAUUUAUUGUAUUUGCUUUAGGGGAAAACUUUAUUCAAGGCACUCGUGAGAGUAG